GAAGAGAACUAGGGUUUUGAUCGGCCAAAAGAGCUUCUGCUAAGGAGAAAUACAUAACAUAUUAAGCCUUAAAGUCUCAUCGGGAAAGAGACGGAGAAAGGUGGAGGACCAGUUGGAGCUUCCGAUUUGAUGGAGGCUGCGGCCGGGGUCGCUGCUAUUCGCGGCGGUUCAUUGCCGAUCCCGUCUUCUCAGUCUGCGAGGAAAGAAUGGCGAGCUGUUUCUGAAAAUUCGGUUCGGAACGCCGGUCUUGAGGACGUGGUGGUUGGGCAGGAUUUGGAGUGCUCGAAGUUGGCGCAGUCAGAUGAGAGAACUGUUUAUGAGGUGCAGCAGGGAGCGGUACCACUUGAAGCCGACUUCGGUUCGAUAACGAUGGACGGAAGCCUCGAUAACGACAUGUUACGGCAACGCCUUCAUAGUAUCACUAGACAGAGAGAAGAGCUUCAACAUAUGGAGAUCGAGCUUAAAGCCCAGGCUAUAGCUAGAUCGCAGAUAAUGGAGAUGCAGGACAACUUGGAUGCGCAAAUCAAAGAACAUGCCAAUGCUGCAGCCAAACUACAGGAGCAACUACAAGAAAGGGAACAAACCAUACAUGAGUUGGAAGCAGAGAUGGAAGAGAAGGAAAGAGAGCUGCGCGCAAUUAAAAUUGAUAGUGAAGCGGCUUGGGCUAAAGAGGAUCUUCUUAGAGAACAAAACAAAGAGUUGGCAACCAUUCGAAGAGAGCGUGAUAAUUCUGAAGCUGAAAGAGCACAACAUCUCAAACAAAUGCAUGAGCUGAACGAGCAUAUUCAAGGAAAAGAUAGGCAGCUUCUUGAAUUGGAGGAACAGAAUAGGGUUGCACAGGAAGCUAUACUUUAUAAAGAUGAACAAUUAAGGGAGGCCCAAGCUUGGAUUGCACGUGUUCAGGAAAUGGAUGCCUUGCAAUCAACAACCAAUCAUUCCUUACAAGCUGAACUGAGAGAACGUACUGAACAAUUUAAUCAGUUUUGGCUUGGUUGUCAAAGACAGUUUGCAGAUAUUGAGCGGAUGCAUUUGCAUACUAUACAACAACUUCAGUUAGAGUUGGCUGAGGCAAGAGAAAGGAGUGGAAUUUAUAAUGAUGAAUCACGGAUGGCUCAUGCAGCUGCAGAGGAUGCAUCCCCUUUUGGGCAGAACAGGGGAAACCAACUCAAUGUAAUAGAUGGUGGAACAUUAAAUGGUAACCCUGGAGCUCCUCCAAAUGGGAAUGUAGAGAAUGUCGCUCCCUUUGUUACAACUGGAAAUUCAUCAACCAAGAAUGAUCAUAUCCCUGGAGUUCCGGUUGUCCCAUCUUCGCUACUUGGGGUGGGAACCUACCUUCCACCUGGGCAGAUGACAGCACUGCACCCUUUUAUUAUGCAUCAACAAGGUGUUCUGCAGUCUGUACCAUCAUCCAAUUCACAUGUGCCUCAAUCCAAUGUGAACCAUUUUCAGCCAGUGUCUGCAAUGUCAUCCCACCAACACUGGCAGUAUCAGCAGGCUGCAUCUGAGGGUUCACAGAUGUCAAAUCAGAACCAAUAUCAGCCAUCUCAAACAGAGCAGAAUCUUUUGAGGUCUGACACUCAUUACGAGUAUGCACUUUCUGGAAAUAGUCAAGUUCUCCAUUCAGACUAUCUGGACACUCAUCUCAGCUCAAACCAGGAACAUGGUUCUGAAAUCACUUCAUCCAGUGAGGAAGCACAGCUUCUUGAAUCAAGUGGUAAAGGUUACUUGAUGAUGCAGCAACCACAGAACUCACAUGAAACCUCUUCCCUGUUUCAUGAUGCAUCAAGAUCCGAACCUUCUGAACAGAAGAAUGAGACAAAGGAUGAAAAGCUGUCAGAGGUCAAUCCAUGUGAUGGUCAGUGUUCAAGUGCAGAACAAUCAUGGUCUGCUAUUCAUACAUCACCAUCAGAUGUCCCAACCCUUUUAGUUAAUUCCAGUGAAACCACAGACUUCCAUAGGGUUGUGCCUGAAACUUCCAUCUCUGCUGGACGGGCAUCAAAUUUGCUGACACCAGGAAAGAUUUCUAAGCCUAUUCUUCUAGAUGAAAAAUCACUGUUGGCUUGCAUUGUUCGUGCAAUUCCUGCUGGAUCUGGUGGCAGAAUUAGAAUUAGUUCCACUCUUCUGAAUAGACUUGGAAAGAUGCUGGCUCCUCUCCAUUGGCAUGAUUACAAGAAAGAAUAUGGAAAGCUUGAUGACUUUGUGGCCGGUCAUCCUGAAUUAUUUGUAAUUGAAGGGGACUUUAUUCAGCUUCGUGAAGGAGCACAAGAAAUCAUUUCAGCUACGGCAGCUGUUGCCAAAGUUGCUGCUGCAGCUGCAGUUUCUGCUCCUUAUUCAUCAUUGUUGCCCUCUGUUGCUGUUACUCCCAUGGCACAGACUCAUCGUUUAAAGAAGGUUCCAUCCAUUGAUGCCAAGCCUGUGAAAGUUGUUUCAACAGAAACAACUAUUACAACUCCUGGAGAUGUGUCUGACAAGCUUUCAAAAUAUUCAGUCAUGCAGAAUCAGCAUUCAAAUGGUGUCUGUUUUAACAUUGGUCAGGGUCUCUCAAAUGUAAAAAUUUUGAGCAAACCUAAAGAUGUUCAAGAUUCAAACGGCUUUCAAUCUGAGAUACGGGCUGGCCAUACUUCAGUGCAUUUAUCGGUCGGAAAUGGAGCAAAUCCUGACAGAACAGGUUUAGCUAGCUUUCCAAACAAAGGAUCAAGUAAUGGGAGACAUGGUACAAAUUUUGGAGGGAAACAGCAGGGAAGAGCAACUUCUGGUGCUUUGACAUCUAGAAGAUAGAACCAAAUUCAAUGUUAUGAAGACACAUUCAUAAUGGAGCUGAAUCAUCCAUUGCUGCUUGGAUUGGUGGAAGUAAUUUGGGGGUUGGUGUAUUCUCAGGUUGGAGUUUUCCGCUCUACCAUAAUCUUCAUUUUGGGGUGGCCUGCUGGGUAAAAAUGUUUAUCAUUAUUUUUAUAUUUUAAGCUUCAUUUUGGGAUGGCCAGCUGGUUAAGCAUUUAUCUUUUCAUUGGAA